AUAGAAUAACAUUUUAUAUGUUAUAAAUUUUUCUCAUUCAUACAGUUCGACAUCAUCGAGUUCGAUCCAAAGACGUUCAAAAUCCUGCUCAAUUAUCUGCAAACUGGCUCCUGUCCACUGACUUGCAGCAACAUACCGGGUCUCAUCUGUGCAGCGGAACACUACGAUCUACCCGAGCUUCUACAAGCGUGUUUCCACCAUGCAAAACAAUUCUUACGAAUCGAGAUCGUAUGCGUGAUGCUGAGCGCGUUGGAGAAUUAUUGCUGGCGUUACACGUCCGCCUCAGAAUUGGUAAACAUGAUCCUCGCUUUCAUCGAAACCAGAGCGUAUCAACUGUUCCAGUCACCUGAUUUCUUGACACUGAGCGAGUCGAUGGUUCAAAUGAUCAUGUGCCGAGGUCUCGAGGUCGGCGAGAUUAGAAAAUUCGAGGCGAUGCUCGAGUGGGCGAAGAACAGGAUUAAAGACAGAAAGUCGACCAAAGUCGAUCCGAAAGUGGAAUUCAAACGUAUCAUGGACAGACUCAGUAGAGAUUUGAAACUGCAUAGGAUAACACCACAGGAACUUAUUAGGAUCGUUCUGCCAUCAAAAGCAAUCAAAAACGAGAGAAUUCUCGAAACGUUGAUGUAUCAAGCAAACUCUGGCAUCUUCAGGAACGUCGAUAGUUACUUGGAAGAUUACAAGGAAAAAGUGCAAAACCAGGAGAGUUUCGACUGUGGCCUCUAAAAAAAAUAUCGUGCAUAGUGUGUUAAUUCAACAAUCCUUUUUACCUCUCUUCAUCCUUAUUAAAAUGGAAGGAACAAUACGUACCUGAGAAAAGUAGAACUCUAAUUACUAGUUCUCCGAUGAAUAAGGGUGAUCGAUCAAAAGUAAAAAGAAAUAUCUCCAAUCCAAGAGUUAUUAUUCCAUUGAAACAUCGUGUGAAGGAGGAUCGAAUGAUCGUGCCAAGAUCCAUCGACGAUGGAUCUCAUAGACGAUCAUUUUUUAAAGAUCUUCAAUAUUGUUCUUCCUAUGAAAAUCUAUGUUUCGAACAACCGGUUGUUAACAUAAUUAUAGAAUCGAUAGAUAUUGAUCAAAGGGAAAAGUAAUUUAAAAAAUAAAAGAAUCGAAUGGAUAUUCAUAUUGAUCGUGAACAAAUAUAAAAAAGGAAACGAAGAAAAGAUAUUUGAUCGAUUGAGAAAUUUAAUUUAACGUAAGAGAAACUGCACAAAUUUCAUAUUGUAGACUAAAAACGAGAAGAAUAAAUAAAGCGAAUGAUAUUGAAAGUAAAAUCUCUCAGCCAUGGUUAUUUAUUUAGUGUCGAAAUUUAAUGUCGAAUGGAAAGGAAAUAGGGAAAAAAAAAAAAAAAAUGAAAGGCGAUAAGAUUUAUAAAAGUAAGAAUAACAGGCUGAAAAAAAAUUGACGGCAAUGCGAUGCCGACCAUGACAAUCUGUAUAAUAAAAGCGAAGAAAAAUCCAUAUUAAAAAGAAAGAAAAAA